AUGGCGCACGGGCACCUGAUCCCGGUCGUCGACAUGGCCAAGCUCUUCGCUUCACGAGGCGUCAAGACCACCGUCGUCACCACCCCCAAUCAACGCCCCUCUCUUCUCCAAAACCAUCGUAAAACACUCGAUCCGUACCCGCAUCCUCGACUUCCCCGGCCGGGCUUCCCGACGGCUGCGAGAAUCUGGACUUCAUCUCAUCCCGUAACCUGGGAUGGGAAGCUAUCUCUAAAUUCUUCAAGGCCUCCAUACUCCUCCAGGAAUCCUUCUAGAACCUCCUCCAACAGGAUCAGCCAUACUGUCUCGUCGCCGACAUGUUCUUCCCCUGGACCUCCGAAUCCGCCGCCAGAUUCCGCAUCCCCAGGCCAGGCUACUCUUCGUCGCAGCCGCCCACGAGCCACAGACCCACGUCUCCUCCGACACCGAGUCCUUCCUACGGCCCAGCCUCCCCCGGCUGACGAAGCGCUAGCUGCCACCGUCAGCCGCUCAGGUGGUCGUCGGCGGGGAGGUCGAUUUCAUGUCGGGCUUUUUUAA